AUGCGGAGGCAUCUCUGUCUUCUUUGGAAUUUGGCUCUUCUGGCUGCAGCCCAGGAUGUGACCCAAAGGGCCAAAGAAUUUCUGGAACAGUUUAACCCGCGAGCAGAAAAUCUGUCUUAUGAAAACUCACUUGCUUCAUGGAAUUACAAUACCAAUAUCACAGAGGAGAAUGCCUGGAAGAUGGAUGAAGUCGGCUCCAGAUGGUCAGUGUUUUAUCAAGAAGCUUCCCAAAUGGCCAGUAGUUUUGAUGUGAAUAGCAUUUCUGAUCCCCAUAUCAAGCUCCAGAUUCAGUCUCUGCAGUACAAUGGAUCCUCUGUACUAUCAGCAGAAAAACGAAGCAAACUGUACAGCAUUUUAAGUACGAUGAGCACCCUUUACAGUACCGGGACUGUGUGCAACCUGGCAGAUACCUCUACAUGUUUGCCCCUGGAACCAGGUCUGGAUGCUAUAAUGGCCGACAGUACUGAUUAUUCAGAGAGACUGUGGGCUUGGCAAGGCUGGAGAGCUGACAUUGGCAAGAAAAUGAGGCCUUUAUAUGAAGGUUAUGUUGAACUGAAGAAUGAGAUUGCAAGGGGGACUAAUUAUUCUGACUAUGGAGAUUACUGGAGAGGAAAUUAUGAAACAGAUUAUCCCGAGGAUUAUCGAUACAGACGCGAGCAGCUGAUCACCGAUGUGGAAGAAACAUUUCAACAAAUAAAACCUUUGUAUCAGCAGCUACAUGCUUAUGUGAGGAGUAAUCUCCAGAAAAUAUAUGGCUCACAUCGCAUUGACUCAAAAGGAUGUCUUCCUGCUCAUUUGCUUGGUGACAUGUGGGGUAGAUUUUGGACAAAUUUAUAUCCUUUAAUGAUUCCCUAUCCAAAUAAACCAAAUAUUGAUGUGUCUUCUGCAAUGGUUGAGAAGAACUGGAAUGUAACAGCUAUAUUUAAAGCUGCUGAGAAGUUUUUUGUCUCAGUUGGCCUCUACAACAUGACAGAGGGCUUCUGGGAAAAUUCUAUGCUUGUAGAACCUAACGAUGGCAGGAAAGUUGUCUGUCAUCCCACUGCCUGGGAUAUGGGAAAAGGAGACUACAGGAUCAAGAUGUGCACCAAAGUGACUAUGGAUGACUUCCUGGUAGCACACCAUGAGAUGGGGCACAUUGAAUACGAUAUGGCCUAUGCCCACCUUCCUUAUCUGCUAAGAAGUGGUGCCAAUGAAGGAUUCCAUGAAGCCAUAGGAGAGAUCAUGUCACUUUCUGCAGCCACUCCAAACCAUUUGAAAUCCCUUGGUCUUUUGGAUCCUAACUUCCAGGAAGAUGAUGAAACGAAGAUCAAUUUCCUUCUCAAACAGGCCCUCACUAUUGUUGGAACUAUGCCUUUCACAUACAUGCUAGAGAAAUGGCGGUGGAUGGUGUUUGCUGGUACGAUCUCAAAAGAACAAUGGAUGAGAAAAUGGUGGGAAAUGAAGCGUGAGAUAGUGGGUGUUGUUGAGCCAUUGCCUCAUAAUGAGGCAUACUGUGAUCCUGCAGCUCUCUUUCACGUAGCCAAUGACUACUCUUUUAUAAGAUACUACACAAGGACAAUUUAUCAGUUCCAGUUUCAAGAAGCACUUUGCAAAGCCGCUAAUCACACGGGUCCCCUUUACGAAUGUGACAUUACUAAUUCAACCGCUGCUGGCCACAAGUUAUGGAACAUGCUUACCUUGGGGAGAUCUGAGCCUUGGACCAAGGCUUUACAAAAUGUGACAGGAGAAAAGGAAAUGAAUGCAACUGCACUUCUUCACUACUUUCAGCCUUUAUACGAGUGGCUGAUAGAGAACAAUGCCAACAGAUUUGUUGGUUGGGAUACAGCCUGGUCUCCAUAUGUCAACGAUACAAUCAAAGUGAGGAUCAGCCUGAAGGCAGCACUGGGAGAUAACGCGUACAAAUGGAAUGAAAAUGAAAUGUAUUUAUUCACGGCAACAAUUGCCUAUGCCAUGAGAAAGUACUUUUCGGAGAAGAAAAAUGAAACAGUAGAAUUUCGAAGUGUAAAUAUUCAUGUCGGUGAUGUGACACCAAGAAUCUCCUUCCAGUUUAUUGUCACCAUGCCUAAUAAUGACUCAGACAUUGUUCCCAGAUCUGAAGUGGAGGAAGCAAUCAGAAUAUCACGCGGCCGCAUCAAUGAAAUUUUCCAACUGGAUGACCAAACUCUAGAGUUUAUUGGCAUUGCUCCAACACUGGAACCACCUUACACACCUCCAGUCACUGUCUGGCUGAUAUUAUUUGGAAUUGUCAUGGGCAUUGUCGUAGUUGCGAUGAUUGUCUUGAUCAUCACUGGACAAAGAAACCGGAAAAAGAAAAGAAAGGCAACUGAAAAUGAGUUAUCCCAAACAACAAUAGCGAACUGUCAUGACAACAGUGGAGCAAAGGAUGAUGACAACGGUGGACAAAAUAAUCUAAAUUAUCUGCAAGAUGAUGAGUGCUCAUCAGCAUUCUAA